UGUUGAUGGACUCAAUCGGUUCGUUCUCCACGAUUUUGAUGGUGUUUGAGUCAAUUUCUCAACUGUUCCGACAUUUUGUUUGGGAUUGAGAUCUAUGUUGGUUUUUGUUGUGCUAUACAAUGCCACGAUUUUGGUUCUUCAAACUGUUAAGCGAUGUCAAGAAGACCCAAUGCUGCUCGCCGUAUUGGAGACGAUGGGAGCAUUCCUUUCGGUGGUGCAUUGCAUUCCAAGGCCCAGGCAUCUCCACUGUUAUCCAUUGGAAUUUUUGUUGUGGGAGCAUUGCUGGUUGUUGGUUAUCUUUAUCACAGUUCAGGUAGCAGGAGUGAUGACAUAAAUAGUUUAAGUAGACUUGAAGGAGGUGUUUCGUGUUCUCUUGAAGUUCCGAAAAUAAUACCUAUUUUAAAGAAAACAUAUGGUGACAGCAUGAAAAAGAUAUUGCAUGUUGGUCCUGAAACCUGCUCGGUGGUCUCUCAACUAUUGAAACAAGAGGAUACAGAAGCCUGGGGUAUAGAGCCUUAUGAGUUAGAUGAUGCUGAUUCCAGCUGCAAGAGCCUUGUUCGCAAAGGGAUUGUGCGUGUGGUAGAUAUCAAGUUUCCCCUUCCGUACAGGCCCAAAACAUUUUCCCUCGUCAUAGUUUCAGAUGCACUGGAUUACUUGUCUCCUAAGUAUCUUAACAAGACUGUUCCACAGCUAGCGAGGGUAGCUUCUGAUGGCUUAGUUAUAUUAUCUGGCAAAACUGCGGAGCUCAACUUGGUGGAUAAGGUUUUUUAUUGAAGCCAGCUUAGAAGAGAAUGAAUCUGCGGUGAAGAAGUUUGAGCAAGCAGUAUCCAAGAAGCCUUACAAGUCAGCCUGCCAAGUUUUUCAUCUCAAGCCAUUACAUUAAUCAUCUCACUGAACAAGGUAUUUUUUAUGGCAACAACGCAUAGGAGCACCUUUACUUCUUCAAAGUCUUAAAUUAAUUAUCAAAUGUGCAAAUUGUGUUAGUUAAUUUUGUUUGAUGUAAAAUAUUUGACCUAAUUAUUGAUUGAAAUUUUUGCUGGCAAU